AUGGGAAGAGGAGGUGUCAUUCAAUAUGAUUCCAACAAGACCUCAGUUCCUAUUAGUACAGCGACCUCACAGUUUGAUGAUGAAUUGAUGAAGCGCAACAUUGUGACAGCUGAGCAAGUGUAUUUGGCCAAGGGCGCAAAAUCAUUGGAUGAAGCCCAACGAUUGGCCAAUGAACGAAGAGAGGAACGAAAGGAACAGCCAAGUCAGGUCUAUGAUGUUUCCUCCAAACGUAAUAAGGACGACGACAAUGAUGACAAGGAAUAUGACGAUUUGUUGGAUGAUGAUGAUGAUGAUGAUGAUGAAAUCGACGACGAUCCCUUCUUUGCGCGUUAUCGACAAGAGCGACUAUCACAAUUGAAACAAGAGAGUGCUGACGAGGUUGCCAAAAAGCAGAGCCGUCAACAGCAGAAUAUUAACAUGCCAACUCAAAUUCAACGAGAGGAAUGGACGACACGUGUCAAUCAAGCUUCUCAUCAAAACUGGGUGCUGGUGAUAUUAUGGGAUGAUUCCAGUAUGCGAACACCUGACAUUCUACAAGAUUUGGAGCGCCUGCAACGAGAACGAGAGCAUUCCGAUGCACAUUACACACAAGACGACGACGACGACGACAACGACGACGACGACAACUCGUACAGUGAGGAGGCUGGGGGAGGACACGGCCACAAAUCAUCGCAACAGCGUAUUGAAAUUGUCUAUAUUGAGUACCAGCAAGCUAAUCCACAUUGGCCCAGUACAAGAGUACCAGCCAUAUUUGCUUACCGAAAUGGCACGAAGCAGCAUGAAUGGGUGACACAUCAGGCUGGCAGAUUUCCAACUCGCGAACAAUUGCAAAUCAUGCUUUUGGAAUGGGGUAUAUGA